AUGGAUGUGGAGGUGACAUUGAGUUCGUCGCCCUCCUACUCUUUCACGAUUUCGGCAGGCUGUGAUCGUGGUGAUCGAACCACCAUGGAAGAUCGAAUAUGCGUUCACAAGGGGUUCGCGAAAGACGGCACGCUCGAUUUCCUUCUGCUCGGGCUGUUCGACGGCCAUGCUGGUGAUGAAGCUGCACAGUGCGCCAAGGAAAUUCUACCGAUCAAGGUGGACAAGCUGCUUCGACGUGGUUGGAGUGAGGAAAAAGCUCUACGACAGGCGUUUCACGACACCAAUGAGCAAAUGCUGCAAGAAAUGAAUUCUUGGGCACCAUCGGGAUCCACUCCUUCACGAGCCGGCACAACCGCUUGCGUUGGUCUGCUACGCAAAGGACGAUUAUGGACAGCAAAUUGUGGAGAUUCGACCUGUGUGUUGGGGGUCCGCGUUGGAGAGGGCUCUUCAUGGUAUCCAGCCGGUAUCCGAGCAACUUCACCUCAUUCAUUGAAUGCACAGGAACGGGCGAGAAUUGCCAGAGAUGGUGGUCAGGUGGCAAUAGACAGUCGAGGAGAUGCCCGAGUGGUGUUCAGUUGGUGCAAGCGCCACUGCUGGGCACGGCAAUCACGCUGUUCUCAUCGCAAAUCGCAUCUACCGUGCCUGAACAUUACGCGAUCUCUCGGAGACUUUUGGUCGUUUUCGAGCGAUACGGGUCGUUUCGCGAUUUCUUGCGAUCCUGACAUCCGGUCGUUCUCCAUCGCUGACGACAACAUCUUCGCCUUAUGCCUUCAUUCCGAUGGAAUUGCUCUCUCACCUGGCCACAUCGUAAAGACGAUGAAUUUGACGUCUUCCGAGGACAAGGUAGUGGUAUUGAUAUUUGGUGAAAAGCCCAAUUAUCUAUAA